UAAUACCACCCUCCUACUUGGUUGUUCCAACCAGGGCACGUACGCUACACAUUGUUAUUUUAUCCCGCUUCAUUGAACAAAUGAUAUCCUGUUAUGCAUUGUAAACAACAUAUGUAUAUCAGCUAGGAAAUGUAAUAGUAUUAUCGUUCUGUAAACUACCUAACGAACGGUCUUUCACAAUUGGUACGUUUUCCGAAUAGUGAGACUACUCUGCAUCAUUGCAUGGUCUGGGAGUACUGUUGACACGUUUGGGGUAUUUUGUCAACAGUAUGUCAUUGAAUCUUUCUAGAAUUAUACUAGUUUACGAUACAUGAAUCCUGUGACAAAAAAAGAUAAAUUUGUGGUGCAUCAAAAUCUCACUACAUGGAGCAGUGGUGAGUGCACGCGAAUCACAUGACGGGAUGCAUACGCGCGGUGGCGGGGAGUGAAGAUGGCGGACAGCGAUGUUGAACCAGAGCUCGACUGGAGUAGUCGACCCACCAACAUUGUCGAGGACAGUCUUAUCGCCAUGGAAUGCUUGCUGACCACCCUGAGGGCGCUCGAAGCAACGCUCAGGCUUCAGGACAUUUCGGAAAUAUCAUCGACUGAAUAUUGCGACAACUUCUGCCAGGCUCUGAUGCAGUAUGCCGGCAGCAGGAAUUCAGUGGAGCAUGGCCUCCCCCUCCUGGAGGUUUACUGUCUGUCCAUCAACUGCUUUGCCGCUGCGAGGCCGCACCUUACCGCCGACUUGGACAACGUUGCCCUCGUGUUGAAGAGGCUGGCAUUGAGCUGUUUUGAGCUGUUGUUAUCUGUGCCUGAAAAUGAAAUCCCCUAUGAGGCCUGGGUUCAAUUCCACCGCUCUGUUCAGGUUUGGCAGGUGGCCCACGAUGCCUUGCUGCAGUAUGGGAGCACGGACCUGCAAGCCCUACUUCAGAUCACUGGUGAGGGCGGAGCCUGGAGCAACCCUGUCCUCAGCGCCCUUCUCACCGGUCAACCCACGAACACGGAGGACGUUGAUGCCUACAUUGCCUUGGAGGGGGAGGGGUUCAUGGAGAUGCGUGUGAAGCACCUGGAGAAGGUUGGGGAGGUGGCCAAGGCUGUGGUGCUGGCCAAGGCCUGCGCCGAAUGCCAGCUCAUCUCCAACCAAACCACCUUCCGGCAGACCUACGUCUCCCUCCUCUGUCUUCUGCUGCCUGGCGAGGAGGCCAUAAUGGAGAUAUCCAGGCUGGACUGUAAGGAUGUGCUGGAUAUAACGUGUAAUCUGGAGACGGAGGGGGAGGAGAAUACAGCCUUCAUCCUGUGCACCACCUUCCUCACUCAGCAGCUUCAGCAGCAGAACCUCUACUGCUCUUGGGAGCUCACUCUCCUGUGGAGUAAGCUUCAGAGAAGGAUUGACCCAUCUUUGGAAUCGCUGCUGGAACGCUGCCUGCAGCUGGGUGCCAUUGCCAAGACGGUCUACCAUCUGCUCUUCCUUGUGCGCGUCAUCCGGACGGAGGCGGAGGAGCUGGGUCUAGCUUCAUCGGUGGAGUUAUGCGUGAAAGCACUACAGCUUCCAAAGCAAGAGGACACUGAAAUUAGGAUAUCCGUGUGCAAGACUGUGGCCUGUCUUCUACCAGAUGAUCUUGAGGUGCUUCGGGGCUGCCUGCUGACGGAGUUUCUCCUGGGACUCUCUCGAUUGGCUUUCCGCUCCCUCGAGGAGCUUUAUCUGCGGCCUGACCAAAAGUAUGACCAAGAAAAUGCCAUCAUCCCCAACUCCCUGCGGUGUGAACUGCUUUUGGCCCUGAAAGCCCACUGGCAUUUUGAUCCUGAAUUCUGGGACUGGAAAACACUCAAGCAUCACUGCAUCAGGCUGCUUGGGCUUGAACCUGAGCCGGAGCAGGAGGAGGAAGAGGAGGAAGAGGUGGUGGCCCCGGAAGUUAGCGUGGAGGAGGAUGUAAAGGAGGAGGUGGAAAGGGAAUUUGUUGAUUCGGAAAGAGACUACUUAAAUGGGACAAGUGGUAGCAUGGAUGGCCUUGAGAACGAUGAUGAAAGUGAAAGGGACAGUAAACCGCCUUCGAUGCCUGAUGCUGAGGGCAGCUUGGAGCAGGGCUCGCUCCCAAAGAAAUAUAAGUUCUUCUGCAAGAUCUGUAAGAAAUCUGUUACCGAAACACGAAUAGUUUUUCACUCUAAGAGGCAUGAAGAAAACGGUGUCAUUACCUGCCCUGUUUGCCUGAAGAAGUUUGAGAGCAGGAAGGAAUUCAUUCCACACACCAAACUACAUCUUCAAAUGCCGUCCAGGCGCAGUUGGCCAAAGAAAAAGGACAAGAAAAGAAUUGAUUUGGACAAAGAAAUGGACGACUUGGACGACUUGGACGACUUGGAGCCUGGUGAGAUCGCCCUCGACCCGUCCCUGAUGCUGUACUACCAGUCCACUCACGACCCCGACGUCCUGGAGCACAUUCUGGAACAAGCCUCGUCCGCGCCCCGGAAGCCUGUGCACGAGGACAACAUCACGUUUGAUUACAUUAAUGUUCAUUUUGAACUGCAGAAUCGUGACAUAUACACGUGCCCUGCCACUCACUGUACCAAGACUUUUAAGCAUUCCAAGUACCUGGGGGUGCACUUAAAGUCCGGAGAUCAUGUUGGCGACGAGAACGUGAAACAUUACUUUGAAAUGAGGGACCGCAGGGAAAAGUGCACUUACUGCCGGCGGCACUUCAUGUCCGCCUAUCACCACCGCCGGCACCGGCGCGUCCACUACGGUGACCUGCCCUAUAUGUGUAUGGCGAAAGGCUGCGGUGCGCGUUUCGGUACCUCCAACGAGCUGGUCGCACACAAGCAGAGUCAUGGCUAUCAGCUCAGCUACCAGUGUGAGCUUAAAGGUUGUAGCCUUUCUUUCUGCGACUUGGGGCAGGUCUACCACCAUGAGGCACAGCACUUUCGGGACGCCGCGUAUAGCUGCAGCAGCCUUGAAUGCAAGAAGUUCUACUUUUCUAAAAAAGAGUUCCUCAGACAUUUGGCCACACAUGGCAUUUCAUUCUCUGAGGAUGACUUUGAGGCACAGAGGAAGGCCAAAAGAAAACAUCUUGCCUCCUUAGCUGAGGAGAUGGCCAGCCCCAAAAAGUCUGCCCUGGAGGAGUUAGUCAAUGGGGAACAUAAUGCUACUUCCUCAGCGUGCAGUGCCUCUUCGUCCAUGUCGAACUGCAAGGAAUCCAAGGGCACAAUGACAUCAGUCGCUGUCUGCUUUGACGGGAAACAGUUCACCUGUGGUUUUGAGAGGUGUGGAUUGACAUUUGCUAAAGCCAGAGACGUUCAUAAGCACCUGAGGUGUACUCAUCCAGAGCAUUUCAAGUCAGAGAAUAAAGAACGCAAAAAUGUUGACAAAGAAAAGUGUGUAAAAUAUAAAGGUGCAAAGGUUAAAACCGAGCUGAACAGUGAGGGCAAAACCAAACAUGAUCUUGAAGCUUGUCUCCCAAUGAAGAUGUCAAGCCAGGGAAAUGUUUGUAAUUCUCCUAUUCAGGCCAAACUAACAACCCCCGCAUGCCUUGAUAAUGACCCUUUAAGAGAGAUUUUGAUUGGACUUAGCCAGCUUAGUCUUACUCCCUCCAACUCUACAAAUGGAUUUUGUGAGCUGUACUAUCCCAUCUCAGGAUCCACAUCAAAGAUACCUUGCCAUCAGGGUGUUGACCCCAGGUCCCCAGCCGAAUCAUUGCAAAAGAGAGCACGACCCGCUGUUGGUAAAAUGGUGAAACAGACCUCAAACACUGAACCAUCGGUAACUGAUGAAUUACCCUCAGAUCAACACAUAGAGGCAGACCAGAUCAGCCCGUUUGUUUUGCAAGCCUCUACUAAACCAUACUUCUGUGAGCUUAACGGGUGCAACUUCAGAAGUGUGACAAGCACUACCUUAAUACGCCACUACAUGAACAAGCAUGAGUUCACAGAGGAGAAGGCAAAGGAAAUGAAUAUCCUAAAAUCACUGGCAUUUAAGCCAUUUAAGUGCCAUCUCUGCUUCAAAUGCCAUAGAGAAAAGACAUUUUUGAGGGUCCAUUAUCUUCAGGCUCAUAGACUUAGCGAGUCGGUUGUUGAGCAAAUGAGCUGUUGGCCCAAAAAGGGUAAAUCAGUAAAACCCACCAAGCAAACAGCCACCCCUACAAAACCCACCAAGCAAACGGUCUCCAUUACACAACCCCCAGAACCCACCAUACCUACAGUCUCCAUUACGCAACCCCCAGAACCCACCAAGCCGACUCUGUCUCAUUCACAACACCCAGAACCCACCAAGCCAACUGUCUCUCUUUCACAAUCCUCAGAAAGCGCCAAGUUGACUGUCUCUUCACAACCCCCAGAACCCACCAAGCCAACUGUCUCCCUUGUGCAACCCCCAGAACCCACCAAGUCGACGGUCUCCCUUGUGCAACCCCCAGAACCCACCAAGCCAAUGGCCUCUCACACCCAACCCCCAAAACCUGCCAAGCCAAUAGUCUCCAUUACACAACCCUCAGAACUCCAAAAGCCAGCCGACUCCAUAACACAACCCUCAAAAUCCACCAAGUCAUCUCUUUCACGUACACAACCUAAUGAGCGCACCAAGCAGACAGUCGCCAAUAAACAAAGAUCUCAGCUUCUGACCUGGCAAAGCUCCUCCUGGCAGCAGAAGUACCAAAAAAAGAAAAUCAUGUGGAGGCAACAGAACGGUGUACAAAUUUCCGGGGGCAAAAGUAAGAAGUGGAGUCACCCUUCACCCUCUGCGCAUGAUCCCUUUGAAGAGGAGGUGAGCCAGGACAGAAAUGCUGAAAAAAGCAAGAACACUGUUUUUAUGUGCAAGCACAAGGACUGCGGUAUGCUUUUCUACCACCACUCCAGUCUUCAUCGCCACAACAAGAAGCGCCAUUUGCAUGUGAUGGGAAAUCCUGUGCUUUCCGAAGACCCCUCAUUACAGAAGUUUAGGUGUAGUUACGCCAACUGCAACGCCUCCUACCUCCUGAACAGUAGCUUGGUGCGUCACACGGAGAGCGAGCAUCCUUACCAGGCGACAAGUAGCCUGAAGCGCCAGAGAAAGAGCGAGCAUCCCUACCAGGCAACCCUGUGCUGUAAGUAUGAGGGCUGUACAAGGGUUUUCACACAGAGCAGCAGUCUGAAAAAACAUGUGGUCUCUAGUCACCUUAACUACUAUGAUUCCCUUGUAUUGCGUCUCCAGAAUACUCACAAGGACACCUCAGUCACUGGAUGCCAAAAGAAGCUGAUUGUCACAUCCUCUAUGCCACAGAAAGAUGCUAACAAGUUACCUGUCAGGCAGUCUUUGAGACGCUGCCCAAAGUCUCCUGAAGAUGUCAAAGCGGAAGAGACGAGUGAGGAGCAUGAUGACGAAAAUGUGGACGUUGACCAGCGUAUCGAAGUGUCCACCAGCAAGAAAUCUGCAUUUAAAAAGCGUUUUGAAGCUAUGAACUUCCGUUCCCACGAGGAGGCCUUGCAGAUGUGCCAAGACCGCUGUCAGCGUGAAGCUUAUCCAUGCAUGGUGCAGGGUUGUGACUCUGUAGUCACAUCCCUGAAUAGUAUUAACCGUCACUAUUUGAAUUGCCACAAAUUUCCCCAGCGGACAAUCAGAUGUAAUAAAGUGCCGCUGGUGUUCAGUGCAGAGCAACUAGAAGAGCUGAUCCAGAAGAAGACGGUCUUGUCCGCUUGCCCUGACAUGACGAGGGCCCCUAAUGGCGUUCUGAAGAUGGAGUAUCAAGCAGAGCCAGAGAACCCCGGAGGUCCAUCUGUGCCAAUGAGUCUGCACUCGAUCAAAGGGGAACCACUUGACGCCCAUGAACCACCAGGGUUCCAGGAAAAGCCACCGGCUGAGAGGAAUGUUCUGGUUGGGGCCGAUGACUUGCUUUAUGGAGAAGCUAGUGGGCACACGGAGGAGCCACCGUCUCAGGAUAGCCACAGUCAAGAAGAAAGGCGGAGCAAACCCUCGAACGGCCCCACUCUUGAUCCCUCUCCACCAGCCUCCCUUCGAUUCAGUGUCGAUGAGGGUUUCAUGGACAAUUCCGGUAAAGACUGUGGCAAGCCAACAAACAUUUCUGCACCGCUGCCGUCUCCUCAAGCCCGCCAGCCACUUAAACGCAAGAAUGAGCUCUCUGACCACCCUCCCAUCCCAAAAGACCCUCAGCCCCACACCACCUCCCCUCGCUCAUUUGACCUGGCAGCUUACAAACCUAUGGGAUUUGAGUCAUCUUUCCUGAAGUUCAUACAGGACACCUCCAGCGACAAGAAAAUCGAGAACCCCCGCGCUUCUUACUGCAAUACCCUCAAGCCCGAUCCCCCUGUGGCGUCUACUCGUCGGCGGGAUUCUUAUAGACGCAGUUGUUCUGUGAAGGAGAACAGCCAGCUUGGCCUCGCCACCAACCACAGAGGGCGGCCUCGGUCCUCCCCGCUGAAACCUCGUCCCAGGACAGGGGAAUACACAUCGGUCCAGAACUUGCAUGUCAUCUUAGACAAGGCCCUGGCAGGCUGUGGAGACCUGGCCAUUAAGCAGCUGCAGUACCUCAGGCCCGUGGUGGUUCUUGAGAGGCCCAGUUUUCCCACCUCCCUGAUUGACCUCUUCCCUACAAGAACGAACGAUAAGCUACUUCUCGGGAGUUCAUAGAACUGAGCACCUUGUGUCCAAUGUAAAGACUCCGAAUGUUUAUUUUCUGAUGUUAUGGCUUCACUAUCAGUAUCUUUUAAUUUGCCAAAUUCAUUGACUCAGUUACCUUGAUUGACAUUUCAACUGAUACCUGUGAAAAAUGAUCAUGCUCCUGAUUUGAGAAAAGAAAGAAAAACGUCUUCAGAGUAUUUACAUUUCAGUAAGAUAAUGAACAUUACAAUGUAUAUAGUAUCUUGUCACUACACUUUUAUAAACAUUUUCAAAUAUUAUUUAGAAAAAUGUAGCUCAUCGUCCCAUUUCAAUGAUAUUCAUUUGUCUGAAAAUGGCUUUCAUGGGACAGACAUCUCCUUGGCCCACUCCUGCCAGGUGGCCAUUUCUGUCUCCCGAGUAUCAAAACAUCAUUUUGUUAUUGCAGUGGGCAGACGUGUAUAAUGCUUUAUAAGAAUAAAUGUUUGAAUAGGUCCUUUCAAAAAAUAUUA